CUUGGUCCAGUCCGGACGUUUCCUGAUCGGACCCCAGAGCUCCGGCCUCUAUUUCGGGACCCCUCGAAACUCCCAAAGAAAGGUCGGGAUCACCGUCUUCACCGUCCCAAGCCCGGUCCCGAAUCCACCUCCCCCAGCCCGAACCUCCACCAUGGACUACGGAGGCGUGGACGACCCGGCCGUGUUCACCUCCCCGACUCUGCCCAGUGACCCCCGCUUCCUGGCCACGCUCACCAACUCCUACCUGGGCACCCGUGUGUACCGGGACAUCCUACACGUGAACGGCGUGUACAACGGGGCCCUGGGGGACGCGCACCGGGCCGACAUCCCCAGCCCCGUCAACGUCCGGCUGGAGGCUCCCGAGGGCGUGGACGUGAGCCAGUCCUUCACCCUGGACACCAGGACGGGAACGUUCCUCCACGUGGUCGAGACGCGGGAAUUCACGGCCACGCACCGCAUCUACGCCCACCGCGCCCUGACCCACCUCCUGGCCUUCAGCGUGACCGUCCGGCGCGCCACCCCGCAGGGCCCGCCGGUCACCGUGCGGCUCCGCUCGGACUUCACCCCCAAAAGCCAGGACCUCGAUCUGCACCUGGGCCCCGAUUUCCAGGGGGCACGGUACCUGUGCGGGCGGACCCUGAGCCCGGAGGUGGCGGGCGGCCCCCAGCCCACGGUGCACAUGCUUUGGACCCCGGCCCCGCCGGCCCUGACCCUCCCGGAGGCGCAGCGCGAGGCCACGUGGCAGUUCCUGGCGGCGGUGGCGGAGGCCGAGGACGAGGUCCGGCACCUGUUCGAGGAGGGGGCGGCCCUGCUGCGGGCCGGCACCCUGUACCCCGCCCACGUGGAGGCCUGGGGGGCUCUCUGGGGGGCCAGCGGCCUGCACCUGGACGGACCCCUCUCCCUGCAGCGGGCGGUGCGCGGCUGCCUCUACUACCUGCUGAGCGCCGUGCCCUCUCCGGCCCCGGGGGUCCGGGACCCCUUCCACGGCAUCAGCCCCGGGGGCCUUUCCAACGGCUCCCGGGGCGAGGACUACUGGGGGCACGUCUUCUGGGACCAGGACCUCUGGAUGUUCCCCAACAUCCUGCUGUUGUGGCCCGAGGCGGCCCGGGCUAUCCUGCAGUAUCGGGUGCGAACCCUGAGCGGUGCCCAAGCCAACGCCCGGGACCAGGGGUACAAGGGAGCCAAGUUCCCUUGGGAAAGCGCAGCCACCGGACACGAGGUCUGCCCUCAGGACAUCUUCGGGACCCAGGAGAUCCACGUCAACGGGGCAGUGCUGUUGGCCUUCGAGCAGUAUUAUUACAGCACCCGGGACCUGCAGCUCUUCAAGGAGGAAGGAGGCUGGGACGUGGUCAGCGCCGUGGCCGAAUUUUGGUGUAGCCGGGUCACCUGGAGUCCCGAGGAGCAGUGCUAUCAUCUUCGAGGAGUGAUACCCCCAGACGAGUACCAGACGGACGUGGAUAACUCUGUCUACACCAACGUCCUGGCCCAGAACAGCUUGCGCUUCGCCACGUCCCUGGGCCGGGACUUGGGCCUCGCCGUGCCCAAGGAGUGGCUCCGGGUGGCCGAGAACCUCAAGGUGCCCUUUGACCCCAAGCGACGAUACCACCCGGAGUACGAUGGGUACCACUUGGGCGAUUUGGUGAAGCAGGCCGACGUGGUCCUGCUGGGCUUCCCGGUGCCCUGCGCCAUGGACCCGGACGUCCGGAGGAACAACCUGGAGAUCUACGAGGUGGCAACAACCCUGCAGGGGCCGGCCAUGACCUGGAGCAUGUUCGCCGUGGGCUGGCUGGAGCUGAAGGAGCCUCAGAGGGCACAGCAGCUGCUGAACAAAUGUUUUGACAACAUCUCCGAGCCCUUCAAGAUCUGGACGGAGAACUCGGACGGGACGGACGCCGUCAACUUCCUGACGGGGAUGGGGGGCUUCCUGCAGGCGGUCCUGUUCGGCUACACGGGGUUCAGGAUCACCAAGGACUGCUUGCGGUUUGACCCCGUGUGUCCCGCGGAGGUCAGGCACGGACAGGUGACCGGCGUCUCCUACCUGGGGAACAAGCUGAACUUUUCCUUCUCGGAGGAGGAGGUGACGGUGGAGGUGACUUGGGCCCAGAGCCAGGCCCCCGCCCUGGAAGCCAUGCUGGAAACCUCUGGCCAGUGUCUGGCCCUGCCACAGGGGCGGACUGUGUCCUUCCCCACCACAGCAGGCCGCAUCCAGAGAGCCUCCUGACAGGGAGGGGCCGGGAGCAGGGGCAGGAUCGGAACUCGGCACCGGAGCCCCGGCAUUCGGGGCCACGGCAGCUUCAGGCUUUGGACACCCUCAGGGUGCCCCCCACCCCCCAACCCGGGUCAUGCGGGGGUUCCCCUAAUGAUCCUUUGUUCCCAUCCUCCCUUCCACUCUCAGGGGCCUUCAGGGAAGCACAGGCAUGUUGGGAAGAAAACCAGGAAGCGGCCUAAAGGAAAUCAGGCUGGGGAUGGAGAAAGAUUUUAAUAAAA